UCACUUUACCGGUGUCUGUCGUGAAGCGGCAGCGGCUCAUGAGUACGAAGUGUCCCGUGUUAGCAUCGCUUUAAGGUUAAAUAUCUGAGUUAUUCGCGUCGAAAUGUUGUGUUUACGGGGGUUGUCGGUGGCUCUCGCGCUCGCUCUGGUGCCCGGUCCUACGGAAGCCCUGAAAGAAGGAGAGUGUGAAGUGUGUGUGACCUUCCUCGGGAAGUUUUACCAGUCACUUAAGGACAGUAACGUAAACUUCAACAACGCAGACAUCGAGAAGGCCAUCAUUAAGAGCUGCAAAGAUGCUAAAGGCAAAGAAAACCGCUUUUGUUACUACAUCGGAGCAACGAAUGAUGCAGCCACCAAGAUAAUCAACGAGGUGUCCAAGCCUCUCAGCUACCACGUCCCAGUGGAGAAGAUCUGUGAGAAGCUGAAGAAGAAGGACAGUCAGAUCUGUGAGCUGAAAUACGACAAGCAGCUGGACCUGACCACAGUGGACCUGAAAAAGCUUAAAGUGAAGGACCUGAAGAAGAUCCUGGAGGAGUGGGGCGAGUCCUGCAAAGGCUGCGCUGAAAAGUCCGACUUCAUCCGCAAAAUCACAGAGCUCAUGCCCAAGUACGCCCCCGCAGCCGCUAAAGCACGGACAGAUCUGUGACGAGGAGCAAAGCUAAUGCAACACAACCACACAACUUUGGACUUGACUUAGGAGGAGGAGGAGGAUUUUGUCUGACAUGUUUGUCUUGGUCUUAUGGGUUUCGGAGGUGUGCGCUGAUGAGGUAAUCCUGAUUCAGCAGUCUAGAUGUUAGUGAAUGCACAGAAAGCUGAGGCCUAUGCUGUACUGUUAAAUCAAGAGUAAGGGGAACGAACAGUUUGCACACUGAUUAAAGGGGACAUUCGAGCAAUGGGAGCAGUUUUUCUACCUACGUUUAUGAUACAUUUCACAGUGCGUCGGCUAAAAAGGGGGGCAUCUGGUUAUAUUCACCAACCCGGGUCGUCCAUUGGUUCAUUUUAAUGGCACCAGUGUGACUCUUCUGUCAUUAAGCAGUGAGCUGAAGCAGCUGAAUUAAAGUGAAACUGCUCAAAUGCACAAAGUGUGUUGGUCAGAGUGCAGCCCACGGUUCACAAGCCCACAUCGACCCCCUCUCCAGCCUCUGCCGACACCGCCCGAUCACUUCUUAAUGCCAGGAUGCUUCUCGGAAAGUCAUCGCGUACGAAGAAUGACUUUAACGUCCCGGAGUGUUCCUCCGACUUCCCCCUGGUUUCCACGACAUGCUGCGGAGGAGGACGAGCGAACGUGGAUGCUGAUCACUCUGAAACGCUCUGUCUUAAAACAGCGCUGACACGCCCACAUGUGCAUUCAGAGAGAGGCCCUGAAGACAUCCCUGUCUCAUGUGAUCCUGGCGUAAGAGACUGAGGACAAACUGCUCCGUCCUGCUCUGUAAACGUGCUUCAGCUGAACGUCGGAGCGCCUUCUACAGAGAACGAGGACUUUGUAUUUUGUCCCUAAUCACUUACAUGCUAAUGACAUAAAGAAGAGAUCUCUUAGUGGCCAGUAUGAAGAGGAGGGUGAUUACAGAGUGCAUGUGGGCUUGUGAGGAUUGUAUUAAGAUAGAUUGGAAGAGUAUGAAGCUGUCCUUUAAGGCCUGAUGUAAAAAACCAUGACCACCCUCCUGUAGAGGUAUCCAACACUGUCCCCUUUAACCACCAACGUGGUCUUUUUGUUUCAAUCUCAGUCAAACACAUUGUACAGUUAUUAAAAGUCAAAUUAACUCCUGUUUUUCUUCUCAUUCAUGACACUUUGUAGUUUCAGGCUUCUAAUCCACACGAGGAGUUAAAGUUCAGGUUUCUGGAAAUGAGCCUGAUACUCAGUUUUUACCCCAAGUGACAGAUAAUUGGCUUCUUCUGCCCCAAAACUGCAGAUCCCACAUAACCAGUCCUCAGAGGUCAUGGAGCGUGGGUGACUUAUGUCAAAGUGCAUUUGGCUCGUCUUGGACACAGGAAGGCACACCGAGCCUUCUCCCAGCAGCGUUAGAAAUAUUUAGGUAAGAUAUUUAUUGAAGAUUUUUUUUUAAAGAUUUACCUUCUUUCAUUUCUAAAAGUGCUUUUGGUUUCGUUGCUUUGUUCUGGUCCGACUGAGACGAGGUUUCUGUAGCUCAUGAAAAUCACCUCAGCUCUCCUGCCGCUCACCUUCCACUUCCGGGCAGCGCCGGGAUCGCCUGCAGGAUCGUCCAAUCAGGAGCUGGAUGAGGGUUGAAAUUUAAAACCAUAACAGAAAAUCGACCGUGGGUGAGCUCAAAAUGUUUGAUCCCGCUCACGUGUGUCACGACUUCAGCAAGAAUAUUUAUGCGUCCUGAACAGGAAGGGAAACGCCUUUUCUCUCCCACGUGUUGCAGUCACAGGUGAAACUGAUCUCCACCACCUCACCUCCACCCUCACCCCGACUGUUGCGUCUUUCAGAAGGGAUAGAUAUUUUAUUGUUUGAUGUAAAGAAACAACGUGUACUUUAAAAAACAUAAGAGGUUUGUGAUGCUCGAUGAGAAUUUAAAAAUAAAAACAUGCUGUUUCACAUUGACCUUUCAUGUAAAGCAGGCAUUUGUUACAUCUGUACUAUUCUACUUUUUCAUUAAAACAUGAGGAAAGUCC